GCUGUGGCAGCCCAAGUGAUGUGCCAUGGGGUACGACACUAACCGCUUCCAGGGGCAUGUGGAUGAAGACCUGUUGUGCCCCAUCUGCAGUGGUGUGCUGGAGGAGCCCGUACAGAGAUGCUCUCCUUUCGUGGAUUUAAUGCCGGACAGAUCAGAAUGGGCAAAACUGUGUAUCAAAGCUUCAAACAGAAUGUCCGGGUCGUCCGACAGAUGAGUAGAAUCCACAUGAAGAGGGAGCAGGAAGGACAGGAGGGAGACAGAUCAGCUUUCAUAGAGAUGCAGUAGCACAGGAUAGGAGGGGAGAGGAGAGGAGAGGAGAGUUGCAGAGAGAAGGAAGAGGAUGAGAAGAAGUGGUAGGGGGAUGGCUUUUCCCUUGCAGAUUUGAGUGCAAGGCUAAGUUGUCCUUGAGCAGCUCGAUGAGACGUGACGAUGAGCUAUUCGGAUGCAAGACAUGUUUGCUCCAAAAUAUUUCCACAACCUGAUGGUGGACAGGUAUGAGAUAAGUUAAGAGAGAGGUGAGUGACUCUGUUUUUUUUAGUUUGUUUUUGUGUGUGCACUUGGUAAUGUGUCAUGUCAGCAUAGGUCAAGAAGUUAUUUCAGCGGCAUUUUGACGGUGUGUGUGCAUGGUCUCCCUCUGGUUCAGUCUGUAUGGGGACUUGCGCAGUGGGUUGGCAGCCAUACAGGAGUCUGAAUGCAGAGCCCCGAGAAAGCAGUGGGCCAGUCGGCGCUUUAUAGCUGCACUUCAGUUAAUGAAGAGGAGAGAGUCCGUUUAUGCACACAUGCACACGCUGAGCGUAAUAUAUGGUUUUGGCAUCAGCCACCACUUCCAAUCGAUAAUGCUGUAAGUCUCCAGAGGCUGAGAGGUGCUGUGCAGAGAUGGGCUGAAACUGAGACGCGCAUACAGAUCGCUCACUGCUCCAGUGCACUUCACCUGACCUUGUGUUUCUAUGUGAUUGCAUGUGUGUGCAUUUGUACACUGUGACUGUGUACACAUCUGUGCCUGUGUGUGUGUGUGUGUGUGUGCGCGUGUGUGCCUGCGUCCAUACGUCCUUCUGACCUUAGCGAGGGGUUAGCACGAUGACAGUUGUAAUGCUAAUGCUAGAUGUUCUCCAUCCCUGUUGUGAUCACUGCAGCACAGCUGUUCCCUGAUGAUUGAUUGGCAGACUGCUUGGAAGGAUACCCUGUGUGAUAAAAGACUGACAGGCUUUAUCGUGUAGAAUAACAAGAGCGCAAACACCCAGAGAUGCUUCCGCUGCAGGUUUACUGUGGAGCACUUGCAUUUCAAACUAACUGCCGAUGUUGCUGAAACGUCCCAGAAAUGGCUGACUCUGGUGUCGCCCCCCGUAGGCCACGGACUGCGAGCACGCCUUCUGCAAUGCCUGCAUCACCCAAUGGAUCUCCCAGCAGAGCACCUGCCCCGUGGAUCGCUCCCAGGUCACGCUGGCCCAGCUGCAGCCGGUGCCCCGCAUCAUGCGCAACAUGCUGUCCAAGCUGCAGCUGAGCUGUGACAACAGUGCCUUCGGCUGCACGGCCGUGCUGCGACUCAGCCAGCUGCAGUCGCAUCUCAGGGAGUGCGAACACAACCCCAAGAAGCCAGUCAUGUGUGAGCGAGGCUGUGGGCUGGAAAUUCCCAAGGAUGAGUUGUCCCAACACAACUGUGUGGGGCACCUCCGCACUUUGGUUCAGAAACAGCAAGGCAAGAUCGCAGAGCUGGAGAAAACGGCCUCAGAACACAAACACCAACUGGCUGAGCAGAAACGUGAUAUCCAGUUACUGAAGGCCUACAUGCGAGCCCUUCGCACGACCAACCCCAGCUUACAGAACCUGGAGGAGACCAUUGAGUACAAUGAGAUUCUAGAGUGGGUGGGUUCAUUGCAGCCAGCUCGUGUGACCCGAUGGGGAGGCAUGAUCUCCACGCCCGACGCUGUUCUACAGGCAGUCAUCCGACGCUCGCUGGUAGACAGCGGCUGCCCGCCGUCCAUCGUUGGCGAUCUGAUCGAGAACGCCCACGAGCGGAACUGGCCAGGCGGACUGGCCACGCUGGAAACACGGCAGAUGAACCGCCGCUACUACGAACUGUACGUGGCUAAGCGCAUCCCGGGAAAACAGGCAGUGGUGGUGUUGGCCUGUGAGAACCAACACAUGGCUGAAGACAUGAUCCUUGAGCCUGGUCUCGUCAUGAUCUUUGCCCAUGGAGUGGAGGACAUUUUGUAGUCUGGGUGCAAUAGUAACGUAGGCCAUCACUUGGACGUUGAAGUAAAACUGAAUAAGGUAUUAGUUUAACACGUGUUGGAAGAUACUGGAGGACAGUCUGACGUUCUAGUCACUCAGUUGAUUAUGUGAUUAUGCUGCAAGUUUGUGGUUUAGAUUUGCAGUUAACUCUGUCUCUCCAUUUUCAACACCAGACGAAAUGACUGACUCAGAGGAAAUGCUCAUGUUGUUUUACCUUAUAUAGACUGGGGAUACAUAGAAAACAGUUUAUGUUGCAUGGGGUGAGAACUUGAUCAUGUUAGCAUGAAAUGCAGAAAUGUUGUGGUGGAAGUGUCUGAACUGAAGUUCACAUAUCACUAACACUAACACUCACACACUCACAAACACACAGAGACAUAAAUAACCCCAGCAACUUUUCUGUAUUUGUGUAAGAUUCCCUAACGACAUUAACACAAGACUCUGAAGACAGGACUCUGCUGUGCUGUGAAAAAAGCAAGAGGGUUUGAGCAUUUGAAGCUGCUGUGACCAUGGUCAUGUUGAUCUAUAAAAUAGCCUGGCUCCUAACAACAAAUACAGCACUGCAAGCUUUAGAAUACCUCACAUAUUCCUCACUCUAUUUUUGUGUGGUUUGUCAAAUAUUGUGCAGUUUUGAGAGAACAAUGCAAUCCAAGGUUUUAUGACUUUCUCUGUAAUAGUCUUGGUCAUUGUUGGACAGUAUGUCGAAAGUAGAGGUGGGAGCUGGUACACUGUACAUCUUUGCAGUGUUUACAUUUUUCGGGGAAUGGAUUUGCCCAGAAAUUUGAACUCAUUUUAGCCCUAAUCCCUUAGCAGCAUAGUUAUAAUGAUAGUUCCUUGGACACCGCUUCUGAUAAGCUUGACCAUAUCUGCUUUUCUUCAUUCCUUUUAGUGUUUAAAUCUUCAUUUUUAAUAUUUUCCAACACAUUUCUUUUCUUUUACAGAACAAUGUACUGUAAUCAUUUUAGUGAAGUAAACUCUUCUUCCACACAUUCAUGGAAAGAGCCAACAAAACCAAAACAUCAAAGCAAUAUCAAUGUAUGAACUUUCAUACCCUUAUACACAGUAAAACGGAUUAGAUUGAGAGCAGUAGAAUGUUCAGGGCUGUUUUUGGUCUAAUUUCCUAAUGGGUUAUUUGUAAAUGGAUUUGAAAAUGUAUGGUUUCUGUUUUAAGUGCCCUAAAGGGUUUGAUCGUAAAUGUUUAAUGCAUGAUUCAUGAAUGUGUUUUUUUUUUUUUUUUUUUAAAUGGCUCAGGAAGUGAUGAGUCACUCAUCCAAGAUUUUGUUUACUUUUUUUUUGAGUGUUGUGAUUUGCAUUCAGUAUUUUUUUUGCUUGUGACAGUGUUGCAAGUUGUAUACAGAAUAUAAUGUCUGUGUACCUAUUGAAGAAGAUAUUCCCUGUAAACACUCCAAUAUGAAUUAUAUUUCUUGUCUUUGA